AUGGAGGAGGCAAAGAUUUAUAUUGGAAAUCUAGCUGAAUUCAUUGAGAACUCUAGGAAACUAAUAAAGUAUGGCACAAGAAACAUAAUGAUAAUUUACUACCGGAAAAAGUUUUAUGCCAUGGACAAUGCCUGUUACCAUCACGGUGGGCCACUUCUGAAUGGUGAUAUUGAGGACUUUGGGGGGCAUCUCUGCAUUGAGUGUCCAUGGCAUCGCUACAAAAUUGCUCUCGAUACCGGCGAGGGUCUUUAUGUUAGUCUUGAGCUUUCCUCUUCCGGUGGGAAACCUAAAAGUACUAUCCGUUCUAAAGGAUGCAAGCAGCGGGUCCAUAAGGUAUCGGUGGAUAAUCAAGGCGAAGUGUAUUUGAUUAUAAACUUAAGUGGUCCAUCUAUAGAAAGUGACCGCUACGCAACCAUGGAAAUAGCAAACAAAGAGGAACCGAUAUCCACACCAUUUGUGCAUGGAAAAAUUAAUAAUAAAUAUUUGAAUUCAACGCAUAACCACGAACCAUCUCAAGAUUUUCACAGCAGGAAUCCUCAUUCUGGCUUCACUCGGGGUCAGCAAUUCUCUAACCCGAUCUUAUGCUCUACAAAAAGUCAUUUUGAUAGUAGUGGAUUUGUAAAAGAAGAACAGUGGAAUCGCUUUGGCAUUGAACGACCGCGAGAUUCACCAAAGGGUGAAUUUAUGAUAUCCUGUAAUCAAAUAAAAAAUGUGUGUGAAAAUGUGUGUGAGCUGUUUUUUGUGCGUCACUCAGGUAUUUUGGAACAGAUCAUUAGGCCAGGGCAAUAUGUUGAGCUCAUAAUUCCUGCGACAUCAACCUCCGACACUUCUUUCCUGCGGUACCGAAAAUGGACUGUUUGUACUGUAAACACUGAGGACUCGCUGUUUUCACUCAUAGUGAAGGCAAACACCAACUACCCUAGUGGCGCUAGCAUGUGGCUCCAUAAUUACUCUUUAUAUACACCGCUAAAAGUUCAAAGCUUCGGCGGCAACUGCACACUCAUUGAUCAUUUGCCUCGAAUCUGUGCUCUACAAGGACGUGUACUGUGGUUGACAGCAGGAAUCGGCAUCACCAAUGCCUAUGCGGCCAUAUUUUCUUCCUUUCUUAGUACCGAUCCCGCAAUUCAGACGAUUCAGUAUCUUCACAUAGUACAUCUGCAUGUAGAUCGUUGGACUAAAUGUAUUCCAAAACUUAAUAACUUUGUUUUACACGGCUGUAGCGGCCAUCGGGAAAUUAACGAAGCUGGUCACAAAAGGCUUACCUUCAAAGCGUUUUUGACCCAGCAGAGCGAACCGGCUGCUACCGACAAUAAGGAAUGGGAAACAUGUAUAACUUAUGGCAGGCGUAUGCACACAGGUGACGUAGAGGAGGCAGUUAAACGUGAAUUUUUGAGAGCCCGUGGGUUUCUUGUAUAUAUUUGUGGCCCUCUGCAGUUCAUUAAUAAUUUCUCGGAGGCUUUGCUGGCAAUGGGAGUGUCGGAACCUGACAUUAUAACAGAUUCUAUAUAA